CUAGUGUCAGAAGUGGGAUAUGAAUCCAAGUCUUUCUGAUUCCAAGUGUAGCACUUUAUCCACAUGGCUUCAAUGAACAAAAAGAAGGGGCUCUUGUGAUCAUGGAACCCCAAUUGUGAAGGCCUAUGUGUCCCUUGUUGCCAUGACGACAGGCGACUGCUGUCAUCUCCCUGGCUCACUGUGUGACUGUACUGGAAACACGGCCUUUUCUAAGAUCGUGGCCGACCCGGACCUUGGGCAUCCGCAAUAUGUGACCCAGGUAACAGCCAAGGAUGGCCGGCUCCUCUCAACUGUCAUCAAAGCCUUAGGCACGCAAAGUGAUGGACCCAUCUGCCGAAUCUGCCAUGAAGGGUCCAGUGGGGAGGUGCUGUUGUCGCCCUGUGAUUGCACAGGCACGCUGGGUACUGUGCACAAGAGCUGCCUGGAGAAAUGGCUUUCUUCCUCCAACACUAGUUACUGCGAGCUGUGCCACACAGAAUUUGUGGUGGAGAGGCGGCCCCGGCCCCUCACAGAGUGGCUGAAGGACCCUGGGCCCAGGAAUGAGAAGAGGACCCUUUUCUGUGACAUGGUGUGUUUCCUGUUCAUCACACCCCUUGCUGCCAUCUCAGGCUGGCUUUGCCUUCGAGGGGCCCAGGAUCACCUACAGUUUAACAGCAGGCUGGAGGCUGUGGGACUUAUUGCUCUCACUUUAGCACUUUUUACUAUCUACAUCCUUUGGACAUUGGUUUCAUUCCGCUACCAUUGCCAGCUGUAUUCAGAAUGGAGAAGGACUAAUCAAAAAGUCCGAUUAAUGAUUCUGGACUCUGAAAACUGCAAGACGGCCCAACAUUCAUUGCUGUCAGCCAUGCUCCUCAAGAAAACAGCAGAAGAAACUACUGUGUGAGUGCCCUGGAGCUGGUAGCUCUUGGGAGAGAGGCUCCAAAGAGACCGUAAUCCAGAGAGGAGUCCAGCCUAAAGAAAUCAGCUGGCAUUUUGGGACUCCAGAGGAAGAAGGAAAGCUGAUCACACUGUCGCCUGGCCCAGGAUCUUGAGAAAUGGUUUGGAAGGCUCAGCUUUUUAAGGAAGGACACAACUAGCUCCUUCACCCAAAUCUGGGUUGACUUUGUUACAAUAUAUACACUAAGUGGAGUAUAUUCUGUAUAUGUACAUAUUUUUCAAUUUCCUUGCAUAAAAUUUCUGUAUAUUAUGUUGACAGACUUGGUCUUAAGCUUCAGUACUGAAGCUGGCAGCUUGAUCUCAUCUGAGGUUAAUUACAUGCCCUGUUCUAGAGUCACUCAAAGACAAUUCAUGUUUCACAUUGCCCUUGCCCUAGGAGGAGUUUGCUAAGAUCUUGGGAGGCUAUCUUCAUAUCUGCACUUUCUUUUAUGGUGUCAUACUUUAUAAAAGUUUCUGUGUUUUAAAGAUCACCCCAGAAGGAAUAAAAUGAGCUCUUAACGAA